AUGGCCCCGACGACGACGCAGAAAAUCGAGAACGGGCACAGGCAGGAGAACGGGCAUGGGCAGGAGAACGGCGCCGCCAAAAAGCGCAGGAGAGGGGCUACGCGGUUAUCUUGUGCUGAAUGCAGAAGGUUGAAACUACGGUGUGAUCGCACAGUACCCUGUAGCUCUUGCGUCAAGAGAGGCUGCGGGGCUAUAUGCCCCGAUGGCUCUCUCACGACUGGUCAGGGCAAUCGUUUCGUCCUUGCAUCGACACAAGAGCUCCACGAGAAAAUAUCAGAGCUCUCCCUCCGCGUACGAGAACUCGAAGACGGAUUGCGAGCAUCGCACGCAAAGACUGAGACCGGGCUGCACCCACUGCUCAGCGAGGAAUUGCUCAAGAUCAAGGCGCCGCUGCAGAGGGAUCCGUCCUCGCAGCGAACAGACCAGCUCCAGAAUGACAUCAAGGAGGAGGAGACCAAGCCGGACGUGGUCGAUGCCAUUGGGUCGCUGUCCAUUAGCGACUCGGGGCGCACCAAGUAUUUUGGGCACACUGCCAAUUCUUGGUAUUUCUUGCAGAACGAGUCACCCGAAGAUGAGCCUACAGACGACAGGCUUUCACAGCUAUCAAGCGUCCUGCCCGUGGAGAUCUUGGCCUUGACAGGCUCUUUCCCUAUUACCCGCACGGUCCAGCCAUACACCGGCCUACAACUCGAUCGAUUACAGACCCUGUUCCUAUACCUGCCAGACUACCAAUCUGCCACGCGAUUACGGGACAUCUACUACCACCACGCAGCCUGGAUGUACGACCCCGUGCCAAUCGACUACUUCAACGAGCACGUCUUCUUCAAGAUCUACGCGCCCGACGAGCGCUCGCCCGUCGAGGAGGACCUGCUCUCGCCGCGGCUGUCGCUGAUAUUCAUGGUGCUCGCGAUCGGGACGCUGAUGGACACCAAGCAGGAUGCGUAUAAUCUCGAGGCGGAGAGGUACCACCAGCUUGCGCGCGCGGCGCUCUUCCAGGGCUCGUUGUUUGACGAGCCAUCGUUGAAUUCGGUGCAAGCGUUGUUCCUCAUGUCGUUCUACUUGUUCCUGUCGGAUCGACAAGGGACGGAUGCGGGCAGCAGAUGGGCUAUCAUGGGUAUGGCUGUCAAGCUUGCGCAGAGUGUAGUGGGGAAUCAUAAUUCAGACCGCGACAUCGGGAAAUGGAGAGUCGACCCGACCGAGACGCAGCAGCGCCGGAACACGUUCUGGGAACUGUACACAUACGACUCGUGGCAGUGCUUCACUCUCGGCCGGCCGCCGUCGUUCUCCCUCUCGCAUGUCGAUUGCAAAAUGGCGCACCCCGCAGACGAAAGCCCGGAACGAGCUUUCCACGCUUGGAAACACAGGUUCGUAUCCGAGUGCAUGAGCGUCGUGCACGAUCAGGUGUUCGGCGCCAAGGUGCCGUCAUAUUCGACCGUGUUGCAGCUGGGACGCAAAUUGCAUGCUUUCCCCGUACCUGCUAUAUUGCAGAUUGCCGGUUUUGGAUCCGGUCCUGACGCAGCGACGAAUAAUACCGUCGCGUACCCGGAGUCGGUGUCUUUGAUGCUACAGAGACAUAUUGUGCUGGCUAUCAGAGAAAUGAACUUGUUGUAUAUGCACCGCAGCUUCUUCGCGAGGGCGCUCAGUGAGCACCCUAAAGAUCCACUUGGUAGUCCGUACGGCGCCUCCGUCAUUGCCGCGUAUAGGAGUGCCGGCUCGCUGGUGGCCUUGAUGCGCAACCUGCACUCACAAUUGACAGAGCUCACAGAGAGGAUAUUCUUCUUGUGGGGGCAUAUGUUCUCUUGCGCUAUCAUUCUCGGAUCUAUCGUGACGCGCUGCCCGUCGAUGAGCUUUGCCCCGUCCGCGCUAGUGCAGCUCGACUCGGCGUGCGAGCUGUUCGCCAAAGCAGCCCGAGGGUUCCGGACGCAGAAGGUCUUGACUAUUAUGCUCAGGAUGAAGGAGAAGGCGCACAGCAGCCUGUCCGCGUUCCGGGAGGGCAAGGCUUCGCCGACAGCCCUGCGCCUGCCUCAGUCGGAGCCACCGACGCCUGACACGGACGAUGACGAGCUUUCUACCUUGGGAGGACAGACGCGGGUGGUGGCCCGGAAAGAAAGCACGGGUUCCCCGCCGUCUAUGCGGUCCCCGACUUCGUUGAACCCUGUGGUCCCUCUGCCCUUGACACCGAAUACGGACCAUCAAGUGCAUCCAACUGUAGUGGAGUAUCUGAGGUCGUUCGAGCCGGCACCUCAAUCGGCGCCUAUGAUCGGGACCUCGCUGCACGCAGAGCCGACGCAAUAUAACGAGGAUGCGCAGAUGUAUAUGGGUUAUGUAUCGAAUCCGCAGAUGGCGGCACAAUAUCAGCAGCAAUCGCCAGUCACCGCUAAUGGAACAGGGUACGCCCACUUCCCGCAGUAUUUCCCUGUGUACGACUAUGCGCCGGUGCCAAACGGUGCUGACUACAACUAUGCGUCGUCCUCCAUGCCGCAAAUGAACGGGUACAUGUCGACGGAGAGGGAUAGUGCGUCAGGGAGCCCGGAAGCAAGUAUGCAGACGACUUGGCAGGAGUUCGUGGACACGAUGACUUGA